AUUUGCGAAAAGAGUACUAUAUUUUUACCAAAAGACCGAGUCUGCUAGCAUAGAAGAAUUAAAUUACUCCCUCUAAUGAAAACUAAAGUAAAUAGAUUUUUCGAAGUAGGUAUUAAGAAAUAUCUAAGAUAUUUUAUCUCUUGAGAACAUAUUAUGUCAAUUUUUAAACUUUCUGCUUUGCGAGAAAAAUUGGGAGUUCUUCAAGUAAAUGAAUUUUCUGAAACAUCUACAAAUGAUAUUAAGCAUUUGCAAGAAGAACUGCGGAGGUUACAGGCAGAAUUAGAUGAAUGUCGUUCUUUGGUUACUGUAGCUGAAUGCGAAAAGGAAAAUGUUGUUGAAACAGAAGAAAGGAAACGGAAAGAAGAAGUUGCUUCCAUCCAAAGAAUCAUGGAAGAAUCAGUUGCUGAAGCUGUAAGGAAUGCAUCUAGUCGUUAUGAGAAAGACUUAAGUCAAUUGCAAAAAACUAAUGAAAGAUUAGAAGCUGAAUUACAAGAAUUACGGAACAAAGAAAAAACUGACAUUUCUCGAGAAGGAGUUUUAGCUGCUGUUACCAAAUCCUUAAAACGUGUUGGAAACUUAGGAGGACCUCUUCCAUUUACAUCUUCUACAGGAGAAAGUAUUGAAAAUUUAGAAGAAAGUAUGAGGAAGGCUCAAGAAGAUGCAGAAAUGCUUCGGUCCCUUGUUGUUCCUUUAGAGGAGGAAAUAAAAGCCCUAAAAGAUAAGCUGCGUUCAACUGAUGAGCAAUUAAGAGAAUAUGAAACAGCAUUUGCUAAUUUAGUAAAACGUGUAGGCUCAGAUUCUCUCUCGGAAAUGGUAAAAGGUAAAGGUCCAGCAGAAGUUGUAGAGCAUUUAGAUGAAAAGUUAACUAGUCUUAGUCAAGGUCUGCAAGCUGAAAAAGCUUCUAGAAGUGAUUUAGAAAUGUAUGUUGCUGUAUUAAAUACAAGGAAAGCUGUUAUGCAAGAAGAUAUGGACAAGAUUAAAUCAGAACUUCAAGAAGUAUGCCAAUUACUUGAAAAGGAAAAGAAAGAGCAUGUCCAGUUGAAACGGACCUGGCAAAUGGCCAAUGACCAAUUCCUAGAAGCUCAACGAUUACAAAUAAUGGACAUGCGUAGAAUGCAAAGUGUUCUAACAUCUGAACAACAGAGACAAAUCGCUGAGCUGAAGAAAAAGGAUGAGCGAAAAAUGGAACUUGAAAGACAAGUUAAAAGCAUUGAGAAAAAAGAUAGUGAAGAAAAAUCUAAUGAAGAUAAAGGAAGGACUUCACCUUUUCCCAGACCCUCUUCUGCUAAAUUAGUAAAAAGUUCUCCAAUUAUGAAUCAUAAAUUAUCUAGUUCUGUUAAAUUUGAUCAAGAUUUGGAUUCAAAUAUGAAUACAUCAAAUAGAGCUAGAAGCAUUCCUGAUAAUCUGAAUCUUACUGAAAAUGUUUUUACUGAGAAGCGUUCCUUAUCGAGUUCUGCUUUGAAUGGUAUGUCUAAAGAUGAUAUGAAAAAUAGUUCUAUAGUUCCUCUGAGUUCUCCACCAGUUAAAGAAUCUGAAGCAACUCCCUCUACACCCAAAAAAGUCCCUAGUCUAACUCAAGAUCAACUGAAAGCAUUAUCUGAUCGCACACCAGAAUUGGAAGAUAGAAAAUCAUUACUUGAUAAUGCAAGAGCUGAACUGGAAAGUUGUUCUCUUAUUGGCAAAAGACUUGUUAGUGAGAGUGCAUGGCAACAACUUGAAGAAGAGCUUAAACGAGCCAGAGAAAAGUUAGGGCAGUCUUGUGAAAUGUGCUGUAAUUAUGAACUUCAAUUGCAACAUGUACAACAAAUGGAAAGUGAACAACGUAGCAAAGCUGCUGUCAUAGAACAGAAACUUGAAGAUUAUAAAAAAGAUUUGCAUAGAGAACAAGAAUAUCGACAAGAGAUGAAAGAAAAAUUUGAUGAAAUAUCUAAAGAAUAUGAAAUGAAGGUUAGUCAACUUUUUAAAAUGCGUGGAGAAUUUGAAAAAGCUUAUAACCAAAUUAAGAGUCAUUAUGAAAUUUGUCGAAAGGAAUUAAAUGAUUAUCAAUCUACUGUUGUGAUAGAGAGAGAUGCUUUGAAGAGAGAACUCGAGAGAGUUCAAAAUGAAAAUGAUGUCCUACUUGGGAAACAUAUUGCCAAAGCUCAACAAAUGCGGAAUGAAGAUAUUAAUUUGCCUGAUACAACAGAAGAAUUGCAGUUUUAUUGCCUGCAAAAACAGGAAGAGCUUAUUACUAUUAAGGCAGCUAAAGAAAAUAUGGAAGAGGCAUUGAAAGGUGAUAUUCAGAUGUUAAAAAAUCAGAUUAUGAGUGAACAAACAGCUAAGAAAGGGUUAGAAGACACUUAUACUCAAGAACUGGAUAAUCUCAGGGAGCAAUUAGGAAUACUUGAAAGUGUUCAGCAAGAAUUAAGUGUUCAACAGUCUCAAAAUAGUGAACUAGAAAAACGUUUAACUAAUUUGUUAGAAGAUUUGAAAGCAAAAGAAGAAAAAAUUUCUUAUUUUCAAACUCAAGUAAAAGAAUUAUUACUUGCUAAGUCAAAAUUAGAGGAAGAGUUACAUGUGUUGAAAUCCAAAGUUCAGGGUCUUCAGUCUGAUUUAGACAACAGUGAAGCUGUCCAAAGAGACUUUGUAAAGCUCUCACAAUCUCUUCAGAUGGAACUUGAAAAAAUAAGGCAGUCUGACAGUGAAGUCAGAUGGCAACAUGAUGAAGAUGUUUCAGAAUGCAAUACUUGUAAAAAGACUUUCCAAAGUCGGAAAGAAAAGUUCCAUUGUAGCCAUUGUGGUAAAAUAUUUUGUUUAGAAUGCACUUCAAGAACUGUAAAUAGUGGACCGAAAAAACGGCAAUUCAAAGUGUGCAAUGUGUGCCAUACGCUUUUAGAUCAUAAAACUGCUCCUUAUUUUAGUAGUGAUCCACCGCAAACACCAAGUUAAGGAAGAAAAAUUUUAUUAGUGUUUAUAGUUUAAGUAUCUUUCCAUCUCCAGAUGUGGAAAUCACUUUAAAAAGAGCAGUUGAAUGCUAUUUAUUAGCAAAUGCUAUGCAUUUGUGCCUAAUGUAAAACAUUAUAACAUCAGUUACUGAAAAUAAUGAACAAUCCUAAUUAAUAGAAUUUUGUACAGACUGAAUCAUAAAAUUGCUAUAAAUUGAAGUAAAUACUGAAAAUCUUAGACUGUGAUGAUGAAGUUUGUAUGAUUAUCUUCCACUCUGAAUGAAUGAUGUAUAUGUUAAUUUAAAAACUAGUCUUUAAUGAGGUAAUUGUUGUUGUGUUUUUCAGAAAGAGCAUUGGUUUAAAUUUUCUAACUGUUGAGCUGUUUUUUCUCUGUAUAAUAGAUGUUGAUAAAAUCAUUUGUUAUUUUUUUAAAUUCAAAAUUUAAUAAUGUUUAAUUGAAUGGAUACUGCACAUAUACAAAUUUUACAUAAAUCUAUGCUCUAAAAUAUUAAAUUUCUAAAAAAAUUAACAUUAAUUUUAGUUUUGGGUAUUAAAUUUCUUGAGAAAGCCGUACAAUAAGUGAAAUUUGUUUUAUUUUCAGUAGUUUUUCAAAAAUGUUGUUUCUGAAUAUAAUUUAUUGUUGUUUCUUAUAAAUAUCUUUUCAAUAAGCUAAUAUAUUUAUUUUAUUGCUGUUUAAAAUUUACUGCCUGUUAAUAUUGAUCAUACAUUAAAUAACUUUCUGUAGAUAAAUAUUAUAUACUGAUUGUUCUAUACAUUUUUUUAUUCAUAUAUUUUUCUAUUUAAAAGUAAUGAGAAAUGUAAUUAUUAUUUUAUUUCAAUAUAAACAGUUUUAUUUGAUUUUAAUAUAAUACUGAUUAAAAGAAUUUUUUUAAGAAUACCAGCAUAACAACAAAAUAUUAAUUGAAAGUAAACAACCUUAAGAAUUACACACUUCUAUUAUGGCCAGAGGUGCAAUUAUUCAGAUAAUUUUUGCAUUUGAUAUAUUUCAACUACAUUGUUAUAACCACAUAUAUAUAGUUAAUAUUUCAAAUUAUUUAUUAAGAAAAGAGCAUUUUUCCAAGAUAUUAAUUCUUUGGAUUAUAUUUAAAAAUCUGUCUGUUUUAAUAAUAUGUCUAAUCUUGCAAUUUAAAAAUUUAGCUAAUAAAUACUUAAAUUUCUUACUCAUGAAUUUUACAUUAAAACAUUCUUUAGAAUUUUUUUUAAAGCUUCAUACAUUCUUUUAAUUAGAAAGCCUUUGUAGAAAAAAUUGGUGAACUUAUAGGAAUAUAAAAGUACAAAUAUCUACUUGUAUUAAAUUUAAGUAGUCUUUAUGUUCUUAGCAAACUUUUAAUAUUGCAUAUUUUAUUAAACCGAAAGCUCUAAAAAUUUAAUUAAUUCUUUAUUAAAUUUUUGUUUGAAAUAGUUGUAAAAAUUUGAAAUGUCUUAUUUAUUUAAUUAUAAAUAGGUUAUAGAAGUUUUCCUUACUGAAUGAACAAUAUUCUAUUUAAUGAUAUUUCAAUCUGCUUAACUUUAUUCUUGAUUUACAUAAUGAGAUCAGAACUUCUGAAGCUUCACCUUGUAAUGUAAUGCCAGAUACUUUUUUAAGUGUGAUUCUCCAAAUAUUUUCAUGAAAGUAUAUCUAGUCGACUUUUAAUUCUUGAUUUCAGACUUUCUUUUCAUUAGGAGUGUCCAUAUUUCCUUCUUAAUUCGCUAGAAGUAUUAUAAUGAAUGAUUUUGCAAUACAGAUUUUUAAUUUCAUUGUUGUCUUAAUCCAAAGAAUUUUUUUUUUUUUAAAUUCAUAAUUGCAGUUUUUUUUUUGAAACUAUGGAAUAGAAGAUGCUUAGUUCUUAGAUUUUUUUUUUUCUUUUUUAGAUGCCAUUUCCAUCCUACUUUUAGAUUUAGAAAUGUUUAUACUUGCACAUCUUUCUUAUUUAUUCCAGCAAGUUUUAGAAAAUGUAGUAUUUUGUUAAGUUUAAUUACAAGUUAUAAGCAUCACAUAUCAUAGUAUUAUAUUUAUAGCUUUGUACAUUAUAAGCCACUAUCAUAGAGAUAGUCAGCUUUAUUUUGUUUGAUUCAAUAUAAGGAGAAAAAAAUAAAGAUAAGGCCCAAAUUGGGAAAAGAAAAAGAUUUAUAUAAUAUCAUAAAAAUGCAAAUUUGGUUAAUUUCUGUGUUCAUGUUCUGUCAUUGAAUGCAUUUGAUAAUGUGGCGGGAAAAAGAUUAUGAAUUAAUAGUUUAUUCCCAAAAAUGUUUGUACUAGUGAUUUUUGAUUUUACUGUCUGGAAGAAGAUAUCUUAGUGCAAUAUUGUAAAGUAUCAAUGUGAAAUUCUUAUAAAAAUUUUAGCAAUGUAGUUUAAUUAAGUAUUAAGAUGGAAUUACGGAUUGCUGAUAUCAUAAAAUUAAAAAAAAAAAAAGCCGCGAAAUUUGUCAUUUUUAGGUCAAAAUUAGAUUAAAUACAUGUAAAGAGUUUAAAAGUCACUUAUAGAAUCAUUUAUUAAAUAUUUUUCAUUAUGUAGUAUAUUAUGGAUUGGUGAUGCUUAUGUCUUGUGAUCAAAAGUUUUAAUUUUCAUUUAUGAGGGCAUUUUUUUUUAAAAAGUGAUACUGAAAUAUAUUAUUUUGUUAAAUAUCUGUAUGUUUCUGUUGGCACAAACAUUCCAAUAAUAUUUGUAUGCAUUUUUGAAACAAAAAAUUAACUGUAUGUUUGCUGACAGAAAGCAUGAAUUGUUUCUACCCUGUUUUAGUUGUUGAAAUAAAUUAUAUUCCUAUGUUUUGUUACUUUUUACAAUUCUGAUUGCUGCUGUUUGAACUGAAUGCUCAGUGAUAAAAAAUAAAUUCAAUUUUAUUGAGCUUUAUGAACAAAAGUCUUUGUGGAUAUGAAUCAAUGAUAUGUAAACUGAAAAUUCACCUUUAUUUGCUUCUCUUUUCCUCCUUUUCUCUGACUUGUAUAUAUUGUGUAAAAUAAAAACCUUUCUUACAGAA